UCAUUGAGUUGACAGUUGAUGACUCUCUCUUACUCUCCACAAAACAACUCAGUAAGUGAAUUAAAAACUACUUCGUGUACUUACAACUUUUAUUUUUUUGCGCUUAGCGCGGAAAACACCACUUUGCGGUGUGUUGAUACGUCGCUAUAGUACGUCUGAUAAUGGCCCAGUUCGAGGAGGUAUCAAAGCAGUCCAGUCAGCACCCGAAGCCUGCAGGGUUGGUUUUGCAGUAUGGCACAGCUGGCUUCAGGACCAAUGCCAAACACCUGGACCACAUCAUGUUCAGGAUGGGACUGCUGGCCACACUCCGCUCCAAAAAGACCAAAGCCACCAUCGGAGUCAUGGUCACUGCAUCACACAACCCAGAGGAGGACAAUGGGGUGAAGCUGAUUGAUCCAAUGGGAGAGAUGGUGACACCGGCAUGGGAGGGCUAUGCCACACAACUGGCCAAUGCAGAGCAGGGUGAUUUACUCACUGCUCUGAAGGAUAUUAUAGAAAAGGAAAGCAUAAACAUGAGCCAGGAGGCUAAUGUUUUUGUUGGCAAGGACACCAGGAGCAGCAGUGCCAGCCUUUCACAGGCAGUGCUGGACGGGGUGUCUGCUCUUGGUGGUCACAGCAAAGACUAUGGUUUGGUGACCACCCCGCAGCUCCACUACAUGGUGUGCUGUCAGAACACACAGGGUAAAUAUGGAGAGGCCACCAUAGAAGGAUACUACCGCAAAUUGUGCCAGGCUUUCAUUCAGCUCACCAAGAAUGCAUCCAACUGCACAGAUGACCAGAAGCAUCUCUCUGUGGACGGGGCCAAUGGCAUUGGGGCUCUGAAGGUGCGUGAGAUGGAGAGUCACCUGAGGAGGGAGCUGCAGAUUUCUCUCUUCAACGACGGCAGCAAAGGAAAGCUCAACCACCAGUGUGGGGCCGACUUUGUCAAAGUGCAGCAAAAACCUCCAACAGGUAUUAACAUUAAUCCAGGGGAGCGUUGUUGUUCCUUUGAUGGUGAUGCAGACAGAAUAGUUUACUACUACACUGACUCUGAUGGACAGUUUCACCUGCUGGAUGGGGACAAGAUUGCUACUCUCAUUAGCACUUUCCUUAAAGAGUUGCUCACACAGGCUGGUUUAGACUUGAAGAUAGCAGUGGUGCAAACUGCUUACGCUAACGGCAGCUCAACACACUACCUGGAGGACACUAUGAAGGUAAUAGUGAGGUGUACAAAGACUGGAGUGAAGCACCUUCACCACGCAGCCCAGGAGUUUGACAUUGGUGUGUACUUCGAGGCCAAUGGCCAUGGAACUGUGUUGUUCAGUAAGGUGGCUGAAGAGAAGAUCCAACAGCUCGCUGAGGACCCCAACAUGAAUGAUGAGAGGAAGAGAGCAGCUCGCCUGCUGCAGAACACUAUCAAUGUCAUCAACCAGACUGUAGGUGACGCCAUCUCUGACAUGCUGCUGAUUGAAGCUAUACUAGCCAUCAGGGGUAUGACUGUCCAGCAGUGGGACGCUAUCUACAGUGACCUGCCAAACAGGCAGCUUAAAGUCAAGGUGUCAGACCGCAGAGUGAUAGACACGACAGAUGCAGAGAGACGGGCGGUGAGCCCAGCAGGUCUGCAGGAGGCUAUUGACACUUUAGUGAAGAAGCACAGACUGGCCCGCUCCUUUGUGAGACCCUCCGGCACCGAGGACGUGGUGAGAGUUUACGCCGAGGCAGAAACGCAGGAGAGUGCUGAUUCCCUUGCACAUGAAGUCAGCCUCGCUGUUUAUCGCCUCGCAGGGGGAGUGGGAGAUGAGCCCAAACCAUUGCACUAGAUACACAUUCACAUAAUAUUGACCCAUGUCCUAGUUUCUGCAUUUUGAACAGAAUCCCAGUUUAUCAUUUCAUAACUCUAUGAUUUAUCAAAAUUGCCUUUUUUUGUUUGGGUGCCAAAGUAUUUUGUACUGCUAAUUGCACUUGGUACUUCUCUCUACUUUUCUAUUUCUUUUAUAUUUGUCUGUCAAUGUGAAGAUGGGAAACACUGGGGGAGACAAUGAAGGGAUUUUAUGCAAGUUUAGGUAACACUACUCUUAAAUAGUUAUUGUUUGACUAACAGGUAGUAAUGAGCCAAAUAAUGACUUUCUAUGUGAUAUAAAUAAUUAACUGUAUAAAUGUACUGUAUGUGCUAUAAUUAAAACAUCAGUUAUCUUAACAAACAAA